UUACCCCACCAACCAAAACCAAAUCAUCCUUGCCACCAACCAAUUUGGACCCGAACUAUAUAUUUAACCACCGACCCGACGAACACCAUUCUCUUCCAACGAGUCUUCACAGUCAAAAACACCACUUCGCACAAAUGGACACUCUCAACCCUCUGCUUGUUUCAUCUGCUGCUGGUUUGAAUAUGGAAAGUAGAGGAGGAGUGUGGAAGAAUCCCACACUGAUAUGUGUUCCGAUUAUGGCUGAUUCUGUCGCUGAGAUGGUCGUUGACAUGGCCAAAGCUAAAGCUAGUUCUGCUGAUCUUGUGGAAAUUAGAUUGGAUACUUUGAAGAGUUUCAAUCCUCAUGAGGACCUCAAAGUUUUAAUCAAAGAGUGCCCUUUGCCUACACUUUUCACCUACAGACCAGUAUGGGAAGGUGGUCAAUAUGAUGGUGAUGAGAAAGAGCGAUUAGAUGUGCUUAGAUUAGCAAUGGAGCUGGGGGCUGAUUACAUUGAUGUUGAGCUUAAGGUUGCCCAUGACUUCGUGAAAUCCAUUGAUGGAAAGAAGCCUGAAAAAUUGAAAGUUAUAGUGUCUUCUCACAACUAUCAAAGCACUCCAUCUGUUGAGGAGCUUGGCAACCUUGUUGCAAGAAUACAAUCAACUAGAGCUGAUAUAGUGAAGAUAGCAACAACAGCCUUGGAGAUCACUGAUGUGGCACGCAUUUUUCAGAUAACAGUGCAUUCUCAGGUUCCCAUAAUUGGACUUGUUAUGGGCGAGAGGGGCUUGAUUUCACGAAUUCUUUGUGCAAAAUUUGGUGGCUAUCUUACUUUUGGGACACUUGAGGCAGGAGUUGUUUCAGCUCCUGGUCAACCAACUAUUAAUGAUCUGUUGAAUCUAUACAAUUUCAGGCAGUUAGGUCCUGAUACUAAAGUGUAUGGAGUUAUAGGGAAGCCUGUUAGUCACAGCAAGUCACCAAUGCUGUACAAUGAAGCAUUCAAAUCAGCUGGUUUCAAUGGUGUCUAUGUCCACUUGUUAGUGGAUGACUUAUCAAAAUUUCUCCAGAGUUACUCGUCCACUGAUUUUGCUGGAUUCAGCUGUACAAUUCCUCACAAGGAGGCUGCAGUGAAGUGCUGUGAUGAGGUAGACCCAAUUGCGAAGUCCAUAGGAGCUGUUAAUUGCAUUAUAAGGCGACGAAGUGAUGGGAAGUUAUUUGGUUACAAUACAGACUAUGUUGGUGCUAUUUCUGCCAUUGAGGAUGGACUACGAGCUAGAUUAAACACAAGCAACACUACUGGUUCGCCCUUAGCUGGUAAGCGGUUUGUAGUUGUUGGUGCUGGUGGUGCUGGAAAGGCACUUGCUUAUGGUGCAAAACAAAAAGGAGCGAGAGUUGUCAUUGCCAAUCGCACCUAUGAACGAGCCAGAGAGCUUGCAGACAUCAUUGGAGGAGAUGCUCUGUCUCUUGCUGAUUUAGCUCGUUUCCACCCGGAGGAGGGCAUGAUUCUUGCCAAUACAACUUCUAUUGGCAUGCAACCAAAUAUUGAUGAAACACCGAUUUCCAAGGAUGCUUUGAAAUAUUAUUCACUGGUUUUCGAUGCCAUCUACACGCCUAAAAUAACCAGACUCUUGAGAGAAGCUGAGGAAUCUGGAGCCACGAUUGUCUCUGGGGUGGAGAUGUUCAUUGGGCAGGCAUAUGAACAGUUUGAGCGGUUCACUGGGUUGCCAGCGCCGAAGGAGCUGUUUCGGAAAACUGUGUCAAAGAUUUAGCUAACCUUUCCGUGUGCACCCAAUUUUUUUAACAUUCAUUUUUUGAGGAGGCAGUGUGAUGGCAGUACAUUCCAUUUGUAAUACACAAUAACCCAACUUUCUUUCAUGGGAAGUUGCUUUCAUUUACUUCAUGGGACCUCCUAAUGAAUGUUUUGAAGGAGGUAUGCAGCUUGUUUGCCCUUUGAAUGUUAUAGCUGAGAUAAUUGCAAACUUGAGAUUUGUCUACAAGAUUAUCAACUUUAAAUGAGAACGGAUCCAUAAUUUUAAUUCAAAAAA